GAAAUACACACACACUAACACACACUCAUUAAGCAGCAGAAAGAGCGAAAGAGAUAGCGUGAGGCAUAUAAUUGAAACGGCCAACGGAAAUACUGCGUAAAGCCAAAAGUCGCUGCCAAAGCACAAAGUGGAAGUAGUGCAAGAAGAAGAAUCUGUGCGUAACCGUGUGCGUGUGUAUAUUGAACAGCUGCCGUUAGCUGUUAGAAAGUGUGGCCAAAAGAGUGACAUCACACACAAUCAGCCAAAUCGUUAAGGAGGUGGAGAAGGCGAAGGCAAUUAGUUGGAAAAAAAAAAUCGCAGCUGAUGCCAGCGCAGCAGCAGCGAAAACAAAAGAGAGAGAGAGAGAGCGACAGAGAGAGCGUAACAGCUAUUAGUUGUUAACAAAUCUUGUGAUAUAUAUCGCAUAUACUCAUUAAAAAUUAAAUUCGAAUUCAGUUGAAGAGACGCAACGACAGCAGCCGGCUGCAGAAUAUACGAGAAGCCCCAGCCACGCUCUCAAGGUGAACCUGCCUACCGAACAGAGCAACAGCAACAAAAGCAACAAUAGCAGCACUACUCAAAAAACAUAUAUUAUUUUCGAAAUUAUCAGCAGUGCCUCGUAGCCGUAGCUGUAGCCGUAACAUAGAAGAUUUUGACAGGAUUCGCUUGUGGCAAGCAACAUGAAGCCAACUGUGAUAGCUGGCGCUAACAACGCCAAUGGCAACGCCGGCAAUGGCAUCAAUAUACCCAUCAAUCGUGAUUACAAUGCUGCUGGCAUGCAAAGCUCAUCGCCCCAGCAGCAGCAGCAGCCGCAGCAGCAACAGCCUUAUCCACAGCAAUCAAAUCAAUAUCACAACAAUCAGACAGCGUAUGGAUCUCCACGACAGCAGCCGCAGCAGCAGCACCAUCAUCACCAGCAGAUGCCCACAAAUCAGCAGCAACAUUUUCAGCCGAGCUUUGGUUUCGAGCCUGACAUGGAUAUGGAUAUGGACAAUAUGUUUCCACGCUCGCGUCUAGGGCGACUGCAUCACGACCCCUUCGCGGGCUUUGGCGGCACACGUAAGCGGAAUAGUUUGCACGAUCCCCAUACCCAUACCCAUCCCCAGCCGCAUUCCAUGCAUGCUGAUGAUGAUUUCUCUUAUUUCGAUGGUGCUCCAGACUUUGGAUUCCCGCAGUUUGGCUCAAUGGGACGACGCGGACGUGUGGCCGGCGGCGCCAAUCAUCACAACAUCGAUCACGAUGAUGACUUCUUCAAUAGACUGCCAUCCGAGUUUCGUCAGUACAUACCCGAAAGCUUUGGCGGACGACGCAGCGCAGGUGCUCCACAGCCACAGCCACAGCAGCAGCAGCAGCCGCAUCCACAAACGCACUACCAGCAGGAUUAUGGCAUGCCACAGCAGCAGCAGCCAGCGCCAGCUCCACAGUCGCCAUCGAAGCGUCUCUGCGAUGCUGCCAUACAAACUGAAGAUAUGAGCGGUCGCUCCGAGGUGGACUGCGCGCCAGCUGUGAAUCUUAAUCAGCACGGACUACGCAACACCAUGGACAUGGGCGUCAAGAGCGCCGCCGAGCAGGAGCAAGCGCUGCGCUCGCACUCAGCGCCGCCGCCAGAGCAGCAGCAGCUCAAUCAGCAAUACCAGCAACAGCAGCAGCAGCAGCACCAGCAACAGCAACGUCCAACGCCACCGCCACAGUUCGGCACGCAGACUAGCCCGCCCGUGCAGGCGCAGCAGCAGCCGCCGCAAUUCCAUAAGACUUACUAUGCACCACAGCAGCAGACGCAUCCACAGCAGAAGCAGCAGACGCCACCGCCGCCGCAGACGCCAGGCGGCACCUAUGUGCGCACCAUACCCAUCUUUGUGGAGGGACGCACCGAGCCCAUUAUUAAUGCCCACAAGGAUAUACCAAAUCAAAAUGCAGCGCCACAGGCUCAUGCUCAGGCGCAGGCUCAUGCCCAGUCAUAUUAUCCGUCGCAGCAGCAGCAGCCACAACGUCCAAGUCCUUUAAAUACUCAGCAAGCUGAAGCGCAGCAGCAGCAGCAGAUGGAUGCAGGCGUUGGCUUGCCACCACAGACGCCACACACUGUGGACUCGAUCAAGAAGAUACAAGAUAUACAACGCGAUGUGCUGGAGCUAAUGGCCAAGGUGGAGCAGUUCAAGGGCACACGCCAGGACAAGGAGUAUGUCUAUCUGGAUGAAAUGCUUACGCGCAAUCUGCUGAAGCUGGACACCAUUGAUACCAAUGGCAAGGACAGCAUACGUCUAGCACGCAAGGAGGCCAUUAAAUGCAUACAGGCUUCAGUUAAUGUGCUGGACGCCAAGGCAGAGGAGAAUGCUAGAAGAGCAGCUGGCGCAGAGACUGCUGUAGCCACAGAGGCAACUACCGACGCAACAGCAACAGAAGCAGCGCAGCCUGCAGAGCCACAAACGCCUCAACCGCUGGAUGCAACAAAAAUUCUAGAGCCCAUACCGCUGCCAGCGCCGCCAGCAGCAGCUGAAGCCACCGCCACCACUGAGGAAGCCGCCAAGUCCGAGACUACUACAGUCAGCUCAUCGACCGAAUGAUGAUCACAGCGCCUGUACAGGGCGACUGUAUUGAAGGAGCAGCAGCAGCAGCUACGCAAGCUAACCAAAUUUAAGAGGAACUAAAAGAAAAAAAGUUUAAAAAAAGAAAAUCAGAGAUCAAGUAGCAGCGAAAUUCUGCGAGUAUUUUGGAUAGAAUUUUUUUUUGAUAUAAAAUCUCAUGUUACAUAACAACAAUACAUACGUAAAACCAUAUGUUGCAUUCACACACACACACGCAUACAUACAUACACAUAUGUAAAUCUGUAGAAUAGACUAAGUAAAGAAAAUGACAAAGUGCCUGCAUAGAAAG